AUGUCCUGUAACGAUGAUACAGCGCAGGAUUACGAGUUUUCGAUGCCAGACGACCCAUACAGCUUCCUUGAUGAGUCCAUGUUUCCCUAUGAUGACACGGUCGACGCUUGUGGCCCUGGAAAUGGUUGUGACCUUCCUACCAACCCUUUGCUUGAAUCGAACGAGGCUGCAGCCCCAUUGCCAGUGAACCCACUUGGUGGCACGAAGAAUAGCUAUUCUGUCAUGUCUGGUUGGCUUCCAGUCAUACCUGUCACUCAGCGACCUGGUGAAGAGCUUCCAGACCUUGUGGACGUGCCUGACGUUGACGAUUUCGAUCUUAGCGGUCCCUACGACUGCUUCACCCCGCAUGCUACGACGUCUCUCCAAUUACAGAUCCCUGCUAUCCAUGAAGUUCCCGCCCCCAUGAACUACAAUUUUAGUCAUGUUGGUCUUGUUGCGAAUCGCACCAUGUCCAAGACAGGGGUAUCGGCUGAAAGCUCAAGUGUUGCUGAGAUCACAGUCAUUGAUCGAGAGCUUGAGUUCAUUGAAUUACAGCAACGCAAGAUUGCUCUGCAGCGUAGGCGAGAAGACAUCCUAAGCGCCAAUGAAAGCUCGAACGCUGAGAAACAAGCUCUGUCUCCGGUCAUUAGCACCAGUAGCUUGCCGGAACUUACCAGAUACAAAGCUGGCUAUGGCGGUUAUCAGGCUCAGCAAGCUGAAACGGUCACCCCGGUAUAUACAAUUCCCCCUCGAAAGCUACUUAGAAUAACAGUAUUAGUCCACCCAGAUGGUGAUGCCUCUCCAUCGAGACGAAUCAGGCCAAAUACCUGA